ACAAGUAUUAAAGCCACAGCCAGUGAAUCUGAGCCAUACAGUUGAACGAGAGAUCGGAGAGAGAGAGAUGAGUAGAGCAGAAGUGGAUCGCAGUAGUACUGAAAGUAGAUGGAGUCUUGAGGGAACCACGGCUCUUGUCACGGGCGGAACAAAAGGAAUUGGGCAUGCUAUUGUGGAGGAACUUGCACGUUUUGGUGCGGCUGUACAUACAUGCUCUCGAAAUCAAACUGAGCUUAAUGAAUGUAAGCACGAGUGGGAGAAGAAGGGUUUUCGAGUCACUGUUUCAGUGUGUGAUGUAACUUCUCUACCUGAACGACAGAAGUUAAUUACCACUGUCUCAUCUCUCUUUCAUGGCAAACUCAAUAUUCUUAUUAACAAUGUGGGAACAAACAAAAUCAAACCGACAACGGAGUACACAGUCGAAGAUUUCUCGUUGAUAAUGGCCACUAAUUUCGAAUCAGCUUAUCACUUGAGCCAGCUUUCACAUCCUCUUCUGAAAGCUUCAUCAGCAGGAAGUAUUGUGUUUCUUUCUUCAGUUUGUGGAGUCGUAUCAGUCAACGUUGGAUCCAUAUAUAGCGCCACCAAAGGAGCAAUGAAUCAGCUAACAAAAAAUCUUGCAUGCGAGUGGGCAAAAGAUAAUAUAAGGACUAAUUGUGUUGCACCUUGGUUCAUCACGACUCCCCUUGCUGAUCCUGUAAUUACUUCCCAUUAUAUCAUCUUUCAUUUCUCAUCCUUAAUUAAGUUUCUUAAUGAUGAAAGCAAGUUGAAGGCUAUCAUCUCUCGAACACCAAUGGGAAGAGUUGGAGAGCCAAAAGAGGUGUCUUCGUUGGUGGCGUUUCUUUGCCUUCCUGCGGCCUCUUUCAUCACUGGCCAGACUAUUUGCGUUGACGGAGGGAUGACGGUGAAUGGCUUUAUGUUGUCCCCAUAAGAAGAAAUGCCGGUUUACCUUGCUUAAUUUAUAGCGAUUGCAUAAUAAGGCUACAGUUUGCUUGCCAUCUACGUGUGCACACCUUAAUGUUUGUCAUCAUGUUUAUUCCUGCUUGUUAUAACAAACAAUAUUAAUUUAUUAGCUUGUAGUCCUGCUCAAUGCAUGUUGAACA